AUCUAUAUUUUAAGGCAUCGGUUAUCGGUUUGAUAAAUAUUGCUUACAUAUUUUUGUUUUAUUUUGUUUUUAAUAAAGAAACUGUAUAAACAAAUAAUGUAUUUAUAAAUGUAUCGGGAAAUUUCAUCUUGACUUAUGUUCACUUGACUAAUUGUUUGGCCCUUAUUUUUAAAGUUGGCUGGUGUGUUAUUAUAUGUUAAUCUGAAAAAUAUGAAUCCAAAAUCCAUUAAAUAGGCUCAGGAAAUACGACGCUCAGGAAAUAUUAAAAAAAAAUACCUAAGACAUGUGCCUGCAGUGAUACAUGCGUAAAAAAUGCUUGUACACUAUCUGUAAACUACCACUUUUACUGGAUCAAAACAUUGUAAAUAUGGCAUAUGAACGUUAUGGCAUUCUUCUAAAAAGUGAACAUUACGAAGAAGAAGAUAUAGUCAACCGAAACGGUAUUCAAAAAAUAAAUGUACAAAAUAUUAGUAAUGUUGGUAUGCCUCCUAGCAACCACAUCCAAUUAAAUAGAUGUAAUGUAUUUGAAUCAGUUGUCUGUUCAGAGCCGAACGACAAUGGAAACGCAAUUAAUUAUUAUGAAAAGAAUCAGUUGAAAGCAUCUGAAAAUGUGCUGUCCUCUAAAAUAAGAAAACAGACCAACUUUGAUCAUCAAAUAAAUAUAAACUGUUGUAAAAAUGUUAGCUCUGCGGAAAAUCAAGAAACUAAAGUUAUGUCAGCUAGCCUGCUUCACAACAGCACUAAUACAGAAGAAUCUGGUACUGGCGACAGCGGUUUACCUUUUUUAACCCUAGAUACAACACCACUAAUUCAAGGUGGAAAAACAAGACGAUGGGAACAAAAACUCGUGCAAAUAAAAACUAUGGAAGGGGAGUUUAGUGUUACGAUGUGGGCAUCCGGUUUAUCCGAUGAUGAAUUCUCUGGUUCAGAUCAAAAUAUUGGAGACGCGGAAUUUUUAAAAGAUAAAGACUUGGAUUUUGAUCGAAACACUUACCAACGAAACAAAGACUUUGAAGGGGUCGAAUCUAUCUUAACUCAAAAACCGCAAACUUUUGAAAGGGAUCACCCUUUAGGCUCAGCUCCAAAUAAAGAACAGCUAACAAAAGAGGAGGGAAUAUUAUCCAAUAAAAGUAAUUUGUCUACAAAGAUUUUAGAUAAAUCAAACAUAAGUUUCGAAGAUACAAUCUUGACUACGGAUUCCACAACUUUACAAUUAGUAAACGAAACUGCCGCUAUAACGAUUGAUAAUCAUAGAAUAUUAUGUACUGACAAUACUGCGGAUCUGCAAACAUUGACAAACUCAGUGCCAUUCGAUUUUGGCGUUCACGAAAGGCAGGCAACAUCUUCUCAAUUAGUGUACCACAACAAUACUGGAUCGUCUGGAAGUGCUGAUUUAAAUUUAAAUCUUUCCGAAGUCGCAGUGGCUUACCCAACUGAUAAAAAAUAGAUUGUCCCCCAUAAGGGUUGUCAUAAAAGUUUUAGAGAUUCUUCUGCGAUGCGCAAGCACUUGCACACUCAUGGUCCUCGUGUUCAUGUUUGUGCAGAAUGUGGAAAAGCUUUCGUAGAAAGUUCAAAGCUUAAAAGACAUCAGUUGGUUCACACAGGAGAAAAGCCAUUUCAGUGUACGUUUGAAGGAUGUGGAAAACGAUUUUCACUGGAUUUUAACUUAAGAACACAUGUAAGGAUACAUACCGGAGACAGACCAUUUGUUUGUCCGUUUGAUGCUUGCAAUAAAAAGUUUGCUCAAUCAACAAAUCUAAAAUCGCACAUAUUGACUCAUGCGAAAGCUAAGAGGAAUACCAGCAUUUCGCGGAAAAAUGAUUGCUCAAACCUUGAGUCAAACAGCCAAAAUGAAGAUAAAUCUAUAAAAUACAUUAAAGUUGAGUUACGGGAAAGCGUUUCAGAAAGCCAUGUUCCCUUUGUGGUGUAUGCAGACUAAAAAUGUAUAUUCAGCCCUAUUCCAAACUCGAACUCUAUCAAAAUUUGUAAUAAUUACGAAAAUCGUAAUUACCGUUUCAUAAUUAUGUUUCUUAUGUCUCUCAAUAAAUCACAAAUUUAAAAUGCA